AUGAGAAGUAUGAAGAUAAAGGGUGUGGAGGAAGACUGGGCCAAUCUACCUAUAGCGACAAGUGGAAAAUCCUGUACGCCAGGAUUGAAUAGGUAUUGUUUGGGGAAGUAUAGGUUCGAGGAUGGAUCCACUCCCGGAUUUCUAGGAAAAUGGAAAAAGGCACUCACUUCCAGCAGAGGGUCCAAGGUAUGGGGUGAGGUGAGAGGAACCCAAAGUCCUCUGGUGGAGGAGAUCUGGGCCGGGCCGAAGGAUGAAAUUACAUGGAUGAAUUUUUUAACGUGUGUAAUGUACCAAGCCUUAAAAAUCCAGAAAGUAAAGGCCAAAACCAAAGAAAGAUUCAUCCCUAUCUGGGACAAGAACCAUUGGCCGGCCGAAUCCCCCGACUCUGCUUCAGAGGACUGGUCCCUCACCAGUGAAGGACAAGCAAUUUUGGUAUCCCUGACCUGUAUCAUAAAGGCUUUAAUAGGGUGGCAAAGAUUGGACCAACCCCCCACCGGCCAGGUCAAAGAGUUAUGCCAAGCCGUCUGGGACACUAUAGGACUAGACCUGGGAAACAGAAAAACGGGCGAGCCAAACAAUCCUCUGGAGAACUUGGGGGGGUUCUUACAGGCACUGGAACCCGCUGAAGGAGACCAGCGAGACAACUACUUAAGACUGGGGUUUCUAUUAAGUAUAUAUUAUGGUCUGAUCAAUUGCGGAAAGUACGAAGGUAAUUAUGACUUGACAAGUUUUAUAACGAAUGGGGAGCAGGAGUUGGAUAGAAUAGGAGCCUGUGAGUUGGAGGGGGGGGUAUUGAAUUGUGAGGGGGGAACAGGUACCAGUAAGGCCCCUAGGUUGACCAUCUGGAGAAAGGAGAACCGGACAGUCGUGAUGCCCACCUCACAAGAAAACGUCUCGCGGUUAACACUUACUGAAACCGAGACGGGAACCCCUCUAGCAGUUGGUUCACCCGAGACCAGGCCACCUAGUCAACUGACGCCCGAGCUGGCAGGUUGGGUCCACACAACAACGGAACAACAUAAUAGGUCCUCGACCGCUGCGGUAUGGGUACCCGGACAGCCCUCUUCGAAACAGGAGGCGGCACAGAAGCUGAGCGAGAAAUCAAGGCAACUCCGCCAAGUCGCAGAAUCCCCCGGCCCUCACAACAACAGCAGGGCAACUCCGAGGGGUCCGGAACAGGAUAGGGUAAGCCGCCCAAGCCCACCCCCCCAGCUCCCAUCAAAGCCAGCUCAACGGACAGGAAGAGUCACAGAGACUCUGACUCCAGUCACCGGGACUUUAACUUCGACAGAACCGGCUGAGGAAGAAAUAACAGGUCAGUCAAGCACUGGAACCCACCAUGUCGAGACAACGGAUACGUUGCAGGGGGAGAAUAUGGGGCAACUUCCCACAGAGGAAGACAAGUCUACUAGAGUGGGUUCUAUAGCUGGAGGGGUCUUAGGCGCGUUGUUAAUGAUUGCCAGUCUGUAUGGUCUGAAGAGAGUUUACUGGAGGAGAAGAAGGGGGCCGGGAACAGCUGGACCGGCCCUUCUUGGUACAGCUGACGCUAUAAGAUAUGGCCCAACCACCUCAGACUAG